AAACAAGGCGCUAUGACCAAUGGCUUUUAUUAGAAAAAAGGAACGCUCAAAGGAGAGGUUUUCCCUUCUCUUGCUGGACCUAGAGGAGUAUUACUUUGAGCAGCAUACAGCAUAUCAUAUUAACAGCAGUGGUACAGCACAAAACAGAAGAAUCCGCGGAUCUUUGAAAAUCUGCUCCAAAUCUGUAAUCUUUGAGCCUGAGGCUGCGACGAAAGCCAUCUUAAAGAUUCCCCUGAAAGACUGCAGGAGAAUCGAAGGCGUCGAAGAAAAUGAGCGUAACCCCUUCACUGAGAGUAAGCCAGCAUGUUUGAUCCUGGAGACCAAGCAGGUUUAUCUUAUCAAAGAGGCCAAUGUUGUGGCUCCAUAUAGAAUUGAGAGGGGAGACACGAAUGUUGUGUUUGAAUUGGAGAUGCCAAGAAAAACAGAAGAUGUAGUUCAAACGUUACUGCAGCUGCACAGAGCGUCCUGUCUGGACAAAUUGGGUGACCAAACAGCCAUGAUCGCUGCUAAUUUGCAGUCCAGAUUAGCAAGGACAUCGUUUGAUAAGAACAGUUUUCAGAGCAUAACGGAGUGUCCCCAAAUGGAGUGCGUUGCUGAGAUGGUUACUCCUCUGGUGACCAACCCUGGUCAUGUCUGCAUUACUGACAGGAACCUUUAUUUCCAACCGCUCAAUGGUUACCCGGAUUCUGUUGUCCAAAUCCGGCUUCACAGUGUUAGACGAAUCUAUAAGAGGAGACAUGGUUUACAGCCAUUGGGUCUGGAGGUGUUCUGUACAGAAAAUGAUCUGUGUUCAGACAUUUACCUGAAGUUCUACGAUACAAAAGACCGCGAUGAGCUUUACUACUACAUUGCAACUCUCCUUGAGAACCACAUAGCGGAGCAUACAGCCGAGAGCUACAUGCUCCAGUGGCAGAAAGGACACAUCUCUAAUUAUCAGUACCUCCUCCACCUUAAUAACCUUGCUGACCGCAGUGUCAAUGACCUGUCCCAGUACCCUGUCUUCCCUUGGGUUGUCAGUGACUACAGCAGCCGCCAGCUGGACUUACUGAAUCCAGCGUCGUUCAGGGACCUGAGUAAACCUGUCGGGGCACUGAACCCAGAGAGACUGGACAGACUGCUCGCCAGAUACAGGGACAUGCCUGAUCCUCGAUUCAUAUACGGAAGUCAUUACUCAUCUCCUGGAUAUGUUCUCUUCUACCUCGUCAGAGUGGCUCCAGAGUACAUGCUGUGUUUGCAGAACGGCCGUUACGACCACGCAGAUCGAAUGUUCAACAGUGUUGCAGAGACAUGGAAAAACUGUUUAGAGGGAGCCACAGACUUCAAAGAGUUAAUUCCUGAGUUCUAUGGGACAGAGAACAGUUUCCUGCUGAAUGAUCAGAAUCUGGAUCUUGGACGGAGGCAGGGAGGAGGCAGAGUAGGAGAUGUAGUUCUUCCUCCUUGGGCUUCAGAUGCGUCUGACUUCCUGCAGAAGCUGCGUGCGGCACUGGAGAGUCAGUUUGUCUCUGAACACUUGCAUGAGUGGAUCGACCUGGUGUUUGGUUACAAACAGAGAGGAAGUGAAGCUGUGGCGGCACAUAAUGUUUUCCACCCACUGACAUAUGAAGGAGGAGUGGAUUUAGACAGUAUUGAAGACCCAGAUCAGAAGAUUGCUAUGCUGACUCAGAUUCUAGAGUUUGGACAGACACCACGGCAACUCUUCACCACUCCUCAUCCUCAGAGAAUCACACCCCGCUUUCACAACGUCUCCACGGCAACCAGCCACAGCUCCUCCUCCAGUGAGCUCUCUCCAGUUUCUCCUAAUGAAGACUCUUCGUUUGAGGAUUUGACAGAAGAGAGUAAGAAACUGGCCUGGAGUAACAUAAGCAAACUCACACAACAAUCCUGCCACAAGAUACACAAAGAGGCCGUAACGGGCAUUGCUGUGACACGCAACGGAGCGUCUAUUUUCUCCACAUCACAAGACUCUACACUAAAGAUGUUUUCUAAAGAGGCCAGUGCAAUGCAGAGAAGUGUGUCCUUUUCCAAUAUGGCAUUGUCCUGUUGUCUGAUGUUACCCGAAGAUAAAACUGUAGUCUGCUCCUCAUGGGAUAACAAUGUGUAUUUUUACUCGAUAGCCUUUGGCAGGAGGCAGGACACUCUGAUGGGACAUGACGAUGCAGUGAGUCACAUAUGCUGGAGGGAUAAUCAGCUGUACACGGCGUCCUGGGACUCCACUGUAAAGGUGUGGAAGUGCAUGGCCUCUGACAUCUCCAACAACAAGAGAACUCAGUUUGAACUGCUGGCUGAGUUUGAACAUGAAGCUGGGGUGAACACCAUAGCUCUUAGCCCUGCUGGUACACUGCUGGCCUCAGGUACUAAAGAGGGCACACUGAGUGUGUGGGACAUCACCAGCUCCUCCCUCUUACAUCAGCUCAACUGCCAUUCCGGAAAGAUCCACCAAAUGGCCUUCAGUCCUGACAGUCGACACAUUCUGAGUGUGGGGGAAGAUUGCUGUCUGAAGGUCACAGAUGUACAGACCGGAAUGCUAAUCUCCACUGUGUCCGCAGAUGAGGAGCAGAGGUGUUUCUGUUGGGAUGGUAACACGGUACUGUCGGGGGGACGGUCAGGUCAUCUGUUUGUGUGGGACCUACUCAGCAGCAAAGUGACUCACAAAAUACCUGCCCAUUCAGGUGCCGUUUCCACGAUAUGGAUGAAUGAACAGGGCAGCAGUGUGAUUACAGGAGGAGAAGACAAACAGAUCAUACUGUGGAAACCUCAGUAUUAACACACACACUACACACACA